AUCUUCCUUGCUCGAUGUCUACUCCGUACUUCUCAAAUCUAGGAUGCGUUCGCUCACCGGGUCGACUUUCCGCGUAUCCAGGGGCACCCGGUUACACCAACAUAUACAUCCCUCUUCCCUGCUAGUGACUGACUCUAGAUCACAUUUUAAUUUCGCUCUUAUCUCAAAAUACGUGUCCGCCUAAAUUCACUAUCCAUGAGUCAUAUUGUUUGGUUUUACGGACGAACACGCAAGGAGCAUAAUUCUCUCAGCCUCGUAGUCUCUUGGUGCUUAAUGGCUAGAUACGUGCUGGGACUGCAAGCUAGAAACAGCGAUACCCGACAGUCUUAUGUCAGGCCAUUAAUCUACAGGGUAAAGAGGAAGUGGGAUAUUUUCUAUUGUACCCCUAUCAGCAGCAAUCAGCAGCAGGGGCUGGUAAAAUUCUACCUAUUGAUUCCGAUCCCCUGGCUCGUUUUGAUCGCAGCUCCUUACACUUUCUAGUUCUCGACCACACAUACGUCAAAGCGACUACUUAUACUCAACGGUCAACCACAAAUACAAGAACUGUCUGUGAUGACUUUAGCUAAGGGAGCUCGUCGGCAACCAUAUCUCCUUUUCUGGGGUGUAUGCGAGAAAUCUUCGUCUAGGGCUGCGUAAGCAGAGGCUCGAAUGCAAACACCAGGGGAAGAAACCUUACGGAAGGACCAAGACCCUCAGAAGCUGUUCACGCAAGCCACUUUGAAGAAUUCGUCUCCAA